CUGAAAAGGGUAAUCAGUAUAUAAAAGGUGUUGGCAUAUAGUUUAAGUAGAAAACAGGUUUCUCAAUAAACAUAGUGUAAAGAGUGCAACGUGAAUAUUUUUAUCUUCUGUGUUCCGUGAAACACAUUAAAUGUUUAAGUGGGGACCUUAACAUUAUCUUAAUGUGUGUGAGAAACAGCUCAGCCGGAAAAAAAAAAUGUUGUCAGCAAUCGGCAACCAGUUGAGCCCUAUAUUCUCACGUGAUACUAAGGCAUGAACUGUAACAAAAUAGCUGCUUUUAGAUGGUUGGCUGAAGUCUUCCCUACUCCCAUCCCCCACCCAAUCCGUCCAACACACCACUCUGCUUCCAUCAACAAUUCAUUACAGCUUUUAGCUGGAUAGCGCAAGCUAAUUAAAACUAGUGAGAGAUCUCCUAAGCUGAGCACAUUUAACAGUCUGAUUGGUAAACAUUGAGAAUGUGUGCUGCCUACACAUUAUCCAUUGUAUCUUUUUCAUCAACAUUUUAACGAAGAUACUACAGAAUCCUGUAAAGAGGGGUGCUUUGUGAUCUAAUGUAAAAAUCUUGAGUGACUCCACCGUUUUAGGGAUUUUUUUUAGUAUUCCCAAGAAAGCGUUUAAAAAACCUAUUUGGGGUAGCAGUCGAAAAGGGAAAGGAAGCGGUGCCAAAUCCAGACAUGCAUUAAACUCCACUCCAGAUUUUUCACCCCCUUCAUUUUUCUCGGUAAUUUAUCCCAGGGUUAGCAAAAUUCUGUCUUGUUACAAGCGGCUGCCUGUAGGUUUGUUUCAUGGUAUCAUUACCACGUACUGAUCUGGAUUGCUGUGAAGUCUUGGAUUGAAGGCGGAAUGUGAAGUUUGAAAACUUUGUACCUUUGGUGCUUUCUUGCCUAUUUUUCUUCAGCAGAAGGACUUAAUUCUUGAUAACCUUGUUUGCUUGUAAUUUAUGGUUUUCGUUUUUGCCGCUGUAAAGUACGUGGAUCUUAUUACAGUUGCCAUGAGGAAUAUUAUUAACUGAAGAAUUAAAUCUGACGGUGGCAUUUUACAGCAGUUUGGUUUGGCUAUGAUGUAUUUUAACAGUAUGUGGCAGUGUCUGUGAGAGAUUUUUUUACGAGUUAUUAACCCUUACUUGGAGAAAUGAUUUGAAGGAUUAAAGGAUGUGAUGGAUCUGAACAUAAGGGUGUAGAGCUAAGGAUUUCACUGUAAAAUUAAAGGCAAACACAAAGACGGGUUAGAUACGCAAGGGAACAACGAAUGUCCUCUCAUCUUCAAGUCGGGGGAUUUCAUCCACGUUUUCUGUCCGAGAUCUUACCUUCAGGAUGUCAGUGAAUAGUUCCACAGGUGGAAAAAGUGUGGAUCCAAACGCAGUUGAUACGUAUGACAGUGGUGAUGAUUGGGAGAUUGGAGUUGGAAAUUUGAUCAUUGACUUGGACGCUGAUUUGGAAAAAGACAGACAAAAAUUGGAGAUGAAUAAUUCUACGAAUAACGCCAGUUCUAAGGAUUGCGGGGGUCUGACAUCCAGUGGUGCUAACGCAACAUCAGCCUUAUCGGAUGGCUUAAAAUUUACAUCUGUUCAGCCCCCUAUUCCCCAGGGGAAUUCCAACAAGGAGACUGGUAAAUCCAAAGUGAAGAGGAGCAAAACUUCUAAGGAUACUAAUAAAUCUCUCUCCUCGGCAGCAUUGUAUGGGAUUCCCGAGAUCAGCGGUGGUAAAAGGCAGGAAGUUCAAGGACGCCCUGGAGAGGCAUCUGGCAUGAAUUCAGCACUGGGCCAAGCUGUUAGUAACCCAAACACUAGUAAUUCAAUUGCUUCAUGUGCAAAAGGCAAAGAGGAAAAAAAUGGCAAAAAUCAGAGCAGAGGGUCUAAAAGGGAUAAGGAUGCAAGCAGAGCCAGGAAAGAGAAGCAUGAUAUCGGACAUGCAAACACAAAUGCCAGUUGCACCACUGGCCACCUUUAUGGAUUUGGGGCCAAAGGGAGUCCAUACCAUUGUGGGAACGUCGGGGUGGGAGACAUUAACAAAAGUGGUUUGGAUUCAGGAAUAAUGGGGAACUCUAUUGUUGUAAAGAAGGAAGAGAACGACGAGGAGGAGACCCACAGACCAGCAAAGAAAUUGAAAACUGAAAAGGUGGAUCCUUUGUUUACAGUGCCUGCACCCCCUCCACCAAUUACUACAAGCAUACAGCCACAGAUUCUGCCUUCCUUCUUCCCUCCAACAUCAAACAUUUCUGCUCCCACUGAGCAACUAUUAGUGAGGACUCGAUCAGUGGGAGUUAACACUUGUGAGGUGGGAGUUGUAACUGAACCAGAAUGCCUUGGACCUUGUGAACCUGGGACUAGCGUGAAUCUGGAGGGCAUUGUGUGGCACGAGACCGAAGAAGGUGUCCUUGUGGUGAAUGUGACUUGGAGGAAUAAAACCUAUGUGGGGACACUAUUGGAUUGCACAAAGCAUGACUGGGCUCCUCCCAGGUUUUGUGAAUCCCCGACAAGUGACCUUGACAUGCGUGGUGGCCGGGGUAGAGGAAAGCGAGCAAGAUCAGUUGUUGCUAAUGCUCCUGGUAUUGAACCCAGUUUUGCAGAGGCCAGAGGACUGCAGCACAAGAACCGCGGUGGGGGUGCCAAUGGCAAAGGAAGGCGGGGAAGUCUGAACUCUAGCAGUGGCCGUAGGACACCUCCCAAUUGCACUCUGGAGGAAAUCAAGGCAAGCCCGACAGCUAAUAACAAACGUAAAAACAAGCCAUCUAUGGAGCUAGAUCUAAAUUCAAGCUCAGAGGACACUAAGUCUGGAAAGCGAGUUAGGACAAAUUCAAGGAGUACUCCUACCACUCCUCAAGGAAAGUCUGAGGGUUCUUUUUUGGACCAAGGCUGCUCAUCUCCGGUGCUAAUAGACUGUCCACAUCCUAACUGCAACAAAAAGUACAAGCACAUCAAUGGGUUACGCUACCACCAAGCACAUGCACACUUAGACCCAGAAAAUAAAUUGGAGUUUGAGCCAGAGAGUGAAGACAAAAUUUCUGACUGUGAAGAGUCCCUGGGAAACGUGGCUUUGGAAUGUACAGAUACAACCUUUGGGUCCUUAAAGGGACCAAAUUCUCCUGGGAAUUUGGGCGCAGCAGGGACACCAAAGGGAAAAAGGGAAAUGUUAAGUAAUGGCCAGAGCCCUGUGAUGAACUCUAAAAUGGGCAGGAGUUCUGGCAAAAAGAAAGGACAUAUACACGACAUGAAUAACCUGCCCAUCAUCUCUAAUAUGACUGUGGCUUUAGAUAAUUGUGUGGUCUCAGAUGGUAGCUCUGUUUCGGAGAUGCCAAAGCUGGAAGCUGAGGGUAUAAUUGAUAAGAAGGGCGUAUGUGAGAAAGACAAGGGGAAAAAAGCAAACAAUGGGAAAGUGGAUAAAUCUCUAUCCAAGCCCAAAACUACCAGGCCUAUAGCACCAGCCCCUCCUCCACCUCAGCUGAUAGCAAUUCCAACAGCUACCUUUACAGCCACCACCACUGGAACAAUUCCAGGCCUUCCCUCUCUGACAACUACAGUUGUCCAGGCAACACCAAAGAGUCCUCCUUUGAAGCCCAUUCAACCAAAGCCUACAAUUAUGGGAGAACCAAGCACAGUAAACCCAGCUCUUGCCUCUCUUAAAGACAAGAAGAAAAAAGAAAAGCGCAAGUUGAAAGAUAAAGAGUGCAAAGAGGCUGGGAGCCCCAAGAUGGACAGUAAGCUUGCAAAGAUAGAGGACUCAAAGAGUGCUGGGAAGGAGAUACCCAGUCAUUUUUUAAAAGAACACUUGAACAAAAAUGAGGUGCUACCAAAUGGUCUUUCUGAGUCUCAGGAGAGUCGAAUGGCCAGCAUUAAAGCUGAGGCCGAUAAGGUUUACACGUUUACAGACAAUGCGCCCAGCCCUUCAAUAGGGAGCUCCUCUAGACUGGAAUGUGGUACACUUGUAAAUGGACAAUCUCCCAUGACCCCUUUACAUGUCUUAAUGCAAAAUGGAAGUGAUGGCACUGGCACCAAGACAAAUAGUCCAGCGUACUCCGAUAUCUCAGAUGCUGCUGAUGAUGGUGGAUCUGACAGUCGUUCUGAAGGAGUAAGGUCCAAAGCUAGUUCACCCUCAGAGAUCAAUUCUAACAAGGAAAGUGUUGUCAAGAGCCUUCCUGCUACACCUGCCCAAGCAGCUCCAGGAAAAGAGUCACAUUCUCCUUAUUACCAUGGAUAUGACCCUUAUUAUUCCCCCAAUUACAUGCACUCUGGACAACCCAGUACUCCUGCAUCUGGAAAUGGUAGCAAUUCCCAAGGGAACAAGUCCAAAAAGGAGGGUUCAGAGGAAGAGGGUGAAAAGAAAGAAAAGGCAGAGGCUUUAGCCUUGGAUGCUAAAAAGAAUGAAAUGAUCAAUUCAAAUUUACAGGCCCAGCACCAAUCAGUGAUCACACAGAGGCAUCCUGCACUUGCUCAGUCACUUUACUAUGGACAAUAUCCCUAUGGGCUUUACAUGGACCAGAAGUCAUUAAUGGCCUCUAACACUUACAGACAACAAUAUGAGAAGUAUUAUGAGGAUCAGCGACUUGCGGAGCAAAAAAUGACUCAAGGAAAUCGAGAAGGAGAGCGGAAAGGAGACCUUCCACAGAAAGAACAAUCAAAAGAAGACAUUAAACAGAAGACAAUCCCAUCAGCAACAGUAUCAAAAGCUCCACCCACCCCAGAUUCCAACAAAAACUGUAACAGCAAAUGUGGGCCUGGGAUACCUGCCAAAACAGAAGAAUCUGGGAAGCAACAGAUUCUGACAAAUCAGCAACAGCAUCUUCAGUCAGCCAAGCAAAUGGAAAACCAUCAGCUUAUCAAAGAGGCUGUGGAAAUGAAAUCUGUUAUGGAUUCAAUGAAGCAGACCGGAGUGGAUCCUACAUUACGGUUUAAGCAGGAGUCAGAGUCCCGAUCUUGGCACCAUUAUCCAUAUCAGGCCAAAUACAUGGAGCAACAAAAAACAGAAGAGCUCGAAAAAAAGGCCAAAGACGACUGUCCCAAUAAGGCUGGAGGAAAAGAUAUCUCUGGCCUCAACCUUACAGUCUCUAUGACCACUGUCAAGGAUGAACCUAAGGACCUUAAAAGGCAGGACUCCCACUUGGGCUCUGUAGAGGACUCAAAGAAAUCCGAUGAGCGUGGGACACCCGUCAGUGGAAAGGACUCAAGGAACGCUCGGGUUGCCGUGUCCUCGCCCAUGAGCCAACACCAGUCCUACAUUCAGUACCAGCAUGCCUAUCCUUAUUUGCAGAUGUAUGAUCCCAACCACCCAGCUUACAGAGCUGUGUCCCCUGUCCUGAUGCACAGUUACCCAGGUUUCCAUUACCCUAUCUAUGGGAAGAUGGCAGGCAGGGAUGAGGUGGAGAAAACAAAUACUAGUCCAAGUAUAAGCACUAAACCUGCUUCUGAGUCAAAAGCACUAGACUUGCUGCAACAGCAUGCCAAUCAGUACCGCACUAAAUCUCCUGGGCCUGCAGAGAAGGGACCUCCUGAACGGGAGAGGGAAACGGAGCGAGAGAGAGAUCGCCAUUCUCCAUUCGCCAGACAUCUUCACACACAUCAUCACACACACCUAGGAAUGGGCUAUCCCCUAAUACCUGGGCAGUAUGAUCCAUACCCAGGUUUGACCUCAGCAGCCCUUGUAGCCAGUCAGCAGGUGGCUGCUCAGGCUUCUGCAUCUGGCAUAUUUCCUACACAAAGGAGGGAAUGAUUGGACGACUUGUACAUAAGAGACAUGUGACUGGAUCACAUGAAGAUACACUUUAAUAUAGACAUCAGUUCCAUGGUGUUAUUGAUUGCCUUGAUGGCAGGCAAAAAAAAAAGUAAUUUCAUUUUUUUUAAUUCAAGAUUUUAUAAGAGUUACCAAUGUUGCUGUAAUUAAACUUUUGUUGAAAUAUAUAUUCUUAACUCUUUAUUUUAUAACAGUAACCAGGCUCACACAUGCAGGAUCAGCUGCUAGUGGCAACCAGAGAAAAGGAAGUGUGUUUGCCACAAAAUAGCCACUUUGUUAAAAAAAAUGUAUAGAAAAAAUAUUGUUCUGUAUUGGUGUGCCUGACCGUAUGUAAUAUUGUAAUAUUCCUUACAUGCCCUCAGAGAGGCUAGCUGUUAAAGUGACACCUUGGUACAAUGUAAAUGUGUACUAUCUAGUGGCUCCUUGGCUUUGUAUUAUUUAAAAUUGCAUUUGUAUAAAUUUGACUGUAUUCAUCUGUUUGUUAAUGUGUCUUGUGAAGAAUCUUCAUUUUGAGGGCUCUGGGUGCCAGUACCAUAAAACUGUGGUGUAUAUACUGUAUAGAUUUUAAAUGGCAGAUUAUAAGUUUAUGUAAAGUAUCUAGUUUUUUUAUGACUUUGAAUGGCAGUUUACCCCCAAUAGCCUGCAUAGCUGAAGACAUUUGUGAUUGUUCUAUUACUUGAAUAGUCCUGCAGUCUUUUAAAUGUUUACAAUUAUCAACAUUUAGGAAGAGACUUUAAUGUCGUUGCCUGGUUACUUGUUUCAUGCUGUAAUCUAGUUAAUUUUAUGUAAAGUGUAUAUUGAAUGCUUUCUUUUUUAUACCUGCCUUAAAAAAUAAUUUGGCAAUCAGAAUAAAAUAAGUUGUUUUUUGUAAA